UGUUGCUUCAGAACUUUAGUAGAUCGUACGACAGUGCCACAGACGUUCAGACUUUCGACAGCCUGAACUGAAACGGAAGCCACGAACCUAGUGCAGGUUCCGAUAAAACCUCUGACUCUGCCCACUUCUGGUCGUACGAUUACUCCAUACACGGUGUUUGCUUCAUCCUUUGGAAUUGUAUCUACCAGAUCCAAAGUGUGGCCACCACAUGAUGGCACGAGGGGCAGUAGCAUCCCUGUGUUGGGCAUUGCUCUCCAUCCUAUCUGAUGAGGCCAAGGGCAAUAGUGAAGUCUGCAAGACUUUCCACAGUCUUAAAAUGAAUCUUGGCCAGACUACGACCUAUUGGUGCCCAGCAGAAGAGUGCCCAGAUGGCAAGGUGGUUGGGACUGAUGUGUAUCACGGGGAAUCAGAUAUAUGCUUGGCAGCAUUGCAUGCAGGGGUCAUCACCAGUCUAGAUACCAGCAUCAGCAUCACAUGUCAAGCAGACUUGGCUAACCAUGUGUUGGGCACAGCCAAGAACCGAAUAGUCUCAAAAGCCAAAAAAAGAAGUACAAGGCCAUUCAGAGUCUACAAAGUGGAGAGUACAGAGAAGGUAGAAGGUGUGGUUGGGGAAUUGGUGAUUGUACACAGUGGUGCCUCUGAUGAUGCCCUGCACUUCACUUGUCUCGCCCAAGAUAAAGUGUCCUCCAUCUCCACCAGCCACCUCAAGACCUGGAACUACAAAGACUUCAAACUAACCAAAGAAGAUUCUCAUGUAUCAGGCAACAACUCUUCCCAAAUGAGGUUUGAACUUGAUACAAAUAACAACCAACAUGCUGUGCGCAUUCAGGGCAGCCAUAGGGAUGAAGACAUUAUGGCUGUGGUGCAGUACCCUAAUGCUGAGUACCAGUCCAAGGUAGCCACAGUGCGAGUCAGCAUUGGGGACAGUGUUCCUAUCCAUCUGCUGAAGUCUAGAGAAAUGCCCAGCCAAGUUUACUUCAAGCAUCUCCCUGGUGAUUGGACCUCUGAACCCAUCAACAAUUUUACCCAUCAUCUGACACCUGCCCAGCCAUGGUAUACAGGAAUAUACAUUGUCCAUGGUUACACAAAAAGAAGAGGAAAUACUUAUGGGGCUUACUUUGACAUGAUGGUGAGAGAGUGUAAAGAUGGACAAUUUGGCAUCGGAUGUUCUGAGAAAUGCCCAUCGUGCCAGAAUGGUGGGCAGUGCCAUACCCGACGGGGCUCCUGUCUGUGUCCCCCAGGCUUCAUUGGAGAUACCUGUCAGUUUGCCUGCUUACCAGGGUGGUUUGGAAAUAAGUGCCAGUUUAGGUGUGACCAGGAAACUAUUGGCAUCAGAGGGGCAGCAAAGGAUGGCAGGUGUGUAGGCCUCACCAUCUGUCUGCCACCACCCUAUGGUUGUUCCUGUGCUGCUGGGUUCACUCAUCCUGAUGUUCUUGGUCCAACCUGUACACAAGAAUGCUCCAAAGGACACUUUGGUGCAGACUGUAGUCAGCGGUGCCUUGAUUGUGUUGAGGACAAGUGUGAUCCAUUUUCUGGCACAUGUACAGAAGGUUGUAAGAGUGGCACUGACUGCAGGCAAGGUCCACCCUCUCCAAGUGCCACCUUCACACCCCAGCAACGUAGUUACACAGCCUCCUGGGAGGUCUCUGAUGUUAAUGCCCAGUACUUUCUCUCCCACCAGCUGGUACAUCAACUCAGCUGUGGAAGUGACAACACCAAGAUACCUCAAAUACACCAUGAAGCCCUUGACGUAGCUCACUACAGUGUCUCCAAACUGUUGCCUCAUGCAUCUUACAAUGUGUGCAUAGUGGCAAGCUCCUCUAAGGGCCUUAGCUCACCUGGGUGCUCCUUAGUGACGACUCUUUCUGAAGUUCCAGAUGUGAACAUUACAAAGCUGGAAUGUAAAGAAACACGCAAACUAUCAUGCUAUGCUUAUGUAAAUGGUAAUUGUGAGAACCACAAUGGGCCAAAUGUGAAAAUUGUCUUCUCUCUUCACACCAAGCUACCGUGCCCUCACCCUAACACUACCUUACAAGAGACUGUAGAAAUAAAACACACCAGAACAGAGGUAGAAUUUCCCAACUAUUUGGCUGGAGUGCAGUAUCAAGUAAGGGCUGAAGUUGUUAAUGAUGCUGGUACUGGACACAGCUUUAAUACAACCUACACCACAAACAAAAAAAUUCCACCAGCUGUGCAAAACUUGACACACAUCAUCCUGUCUGACUCUGCACUUCAGCUUCUUUGGAAUGAUCCAUGUCCAUCAAAUGGGGAAAUUACAGAUCUACAUAUUUCUGGCCCUAAUGUAUACCAGAAUUUACCACUUGAGUCCUGUGCAACUACAGAAUCAUUUGAUCACUGCCACAAUAUUACUGGACUGGAACUAGGAGAUGAAUAUGAGUACAAAAUAUUUGAAAAAAAUGAUUCUGGAUGGAGUUCUUCUUCUUAUAAAAUUAUCUUCGAAAGAGAGCCAGGUUCCCCACAGGCCAUCAAAUUCAUAUCAGGACCCAGACACAUAAACCUUUCCUUGGAGCUGCCCACAUAUCAUGGUGGAAUUCUCAAGAACUGUACCAUUAUCAUCAGUCACACCAAGAAACAAUGCAAAUUUUCUUUAAAGGAGAAAAAUUCGCCCUUGAAGUGUACUAUUGAUGACUUGGAGGAAGGGAAGAUCAAGCUGGCCAAGGCACAUUGUUGCAACACCGGAUUCUGUGGCACAGAUUUGCAGAAGUUAGUGGCCACCAAAUCCAUCCCACCCAAACUCACUGGCCCCCUUGGUAUUGUAAGGAAGACAGAAUCAACAAUUACCCUUCAUCUUCCUGCCAUUAACCACAGCCAAGAUGGGAACAACUCUCUAAUUGUUGCUGUUCAACUUGAAGACCAGAAUAAAAGUUUGAAUCUAAGUUCUACAAUCCAAAUGCUAGUGGAGGAACAUCAUAGCGCAACAAGGAGGAGACGAAACACAGUAGAAAGUGUAAACUACUGCCAGAAACAAGAAUGGGUUGCUGCAGAACUUACACAGCAUCAAGAGGAGUUUGUGGUGGGAAACGGUGAAAUGCACAAUGGAUUUCUCAACUGCCCUCUGAAGACAGGCCAGGUCUACAGCAUUGGAACCAUGGCAGUGAAUGAGCUUCUGGGAAUGAGAACUUAUUCUAAGCUAGUGAUGAAAAGUGGGGUCAGGGCAGAGACAACUUCUUCAUCUAGUCUCUUCCUCCUACUUCUGUUGCUGCUGGUAUUACCUGCCCUGGGUUUGCUGGCUUAUUUCAGACUUCAUGUGAAGCCAGCAAGCAAUGACUGGAAUCCUAAGUUUAAUCCAGGAGUAAGUCAAGAAGUUUUGAUGCAGCCACGUGAGACAAGUAAUGUAACUCCUAACCAUAGGCUAGAUAUUGAAAUUCCGGACCAAAUAAAAGAGUAUGAUGAACAGGAUGAAGCCAUCUAUGAAAAUCUGGAGCCAGAAGAAUCAAGUGCUACCAUUUCAAGUAUGACACCCAUUGCUGAGGUGGAGGAUUACCUUACUAAGGUUAUUGAUUCCAGAGAAGUCAGAGGUCACUUCAGGUAUGAUGAACAGGAUGAAGCCAUCUAUGAAAAUCUGAAGCCAGAAGAAUUAAGUGCUUUCAUUUUAACUCGUACACCUGUUGCUGAGGUGGAGGCUUACCUUAAUAAGGUUAUUGGUUCUAAGGAAGCUGGAGAUGACUUCAGGACUGUGCCAUCAACUGUAACCAAGAGCAUGACCGUGGCUCAGCGUCCAGAAAAUAAGGGCAAGAACCGCUUCAGAAACAACCACCCUUAUGAUGAUACUCGGGUAGUUCUUCCCUGUGUUCAUGGGGAUCCCAACUCUGACUACAUUAAUGCCAACCAUGUACAGGGAUAUGGAAACAUGCGAUACAUUGCUGCUCAGGGCCCAAAGGAUGGCAGAGUGUCCACCAUUGCUGACUUUUUCAGGAUGGUAGUGGAGCAGAACAUCACUGUCAUCAUUAUGGUGGCCAACUUUGUGGAGAAUGGCAAGAAAAAAGUUGGAGAAUACUUCAUUCCUGGACAGACUUUGAACUUUGAUGGAUUUGAGGUUGUGGUCAACAACACAGAGGAGCAGUCACACUUCACUCUGUCUUCUCUCUUGGUGAGACAGGGAGAGAAGAUGCACCAACUGCAGCAUUAUCACUACUCCAAGUGGCCAGACCAUGGUGUCCCCACAGAGGCAAUUUCCAUCGCACAAAUGCUAAGCCAUUUUCAGUCUCAUCAUGUGCAAGGAGGAACAGUUGUUCAUUGUUCUGCUGGAAUUGGACGCACUGGCACCGUCCUCCAGGUGCUUCUGAUGUCUGAGAUGUUAACACUGAAGGGCUACCUCAAUCCCAUUGAAGUCUUGGGCAGACUUAGAAUGAGUCGUACUCGAUUAGUCGAGAAUGAAGCACAGUAUAACUUGAGCUUAGAGAUUCUGGAAGAAAUAUUGUUUGGAAAGGAAACAGUUGUAUCCCCAGAUGAUAUCCUGAAUCACAUGGAUAAAUAUAUUUCUUUGAGCAGAAUACAGUAUGCCAGGGCCAAGGCUUUGCCUUCACCACUGUCUUUUACCUCUUCUGACAUGCCAAGUUUUCAUCACCUUAAUCGCAACCAGUUAGUGUUACCAGCAGACUCCAACCGUUGUUACCUCCAACCCAGAGCUAGGGUGAAUUCAUGGCUGUCACAAUACAUAAAUGCCAUACGAGUGCCAGGCUCAAAUCGGGAUCAGUUUACGAUGGUCACUGAGCACCCACUUCCCCACACUGUAUCCAACUUUUGGAGGCUGGUGAUAGAGACAGGAUGCACCAUAGUCAUUUUCAUCAACAGCUUUGAAAACCAGGAUGAGAAUGAAUAUCCUUCUGUGCUUAUGGAGCCUGGAGAGAUAUGGAAUGUGGACCAGUAUCAGCUGCAGGUGAAGGAGACAGUCCUCUAUGGCACCUGGCUGAAGUACUCAUCCCUUACCAUUUCUUCAAGUGAAGACUGGAUGCACAGUGUCACUGUGUACCAGAGUGUGGAAUGGCCAGUAUCCUCCCCACUGCCUCCAUCUCCUUAUCUCUUGCUGACCCUCGCUGAACUUCUGCAGAUUCCUCGUAACGACACUGCUGGACCUCCCCUAUUGUGUUGCAGUGAUGGUGUGACAGGGUGCGGAAUAGUGGCUGCCAUGACUCUGAUUGUGGAGCAUCUCCGGAGUGAGCAGGUGGUAGAUGUGUAUAGAACAGUGGUGAAGCUUUUGCGGGCAAGACAACAGUUUAUCACCAGUGAGGUGAGGCAAGCUACUGUCUCUGCUGGUCAUGGAGCAGUUCUGCAUGCUGUAUACCAGCUCUGCCACCUACCUACAAGAAUAUGCAAAUUAUGGAAACUUUCAAUGAGUACUAUACUUUCACCUCACCAAGUCACAGUCAUGGUUAAACUCUGGAACUCCCUGCCUGCUUCUGUAUUUCCACCUUCCUGUGACUUGAAUUCCUUCAAGAACGAGGUUUCAAGAUGCUUAUCCUUCAAUUUUUGACUACCGCUUUGGACCCUUUUCUGGGACUGGCAUCUCAGUGGGUUUUUUUUUAUUGGAUUUUUGUUGCCCUUGGCCAGUGUCCCUUCUACAUAAAAAAAAAAAAUGUUAACAGUGACACUGACUAAUGCUUUCACUCAUUGAUUGUUCUGCGUAUUCUGGUCUUGUUUUAAAAUUUGCUGCAAAUAUUCUUUUUUCUCAGUGAAAGCAUUAAUUACCUACUGUAAGAUGCAAGAUUAUUUUUAUUUUGCGUUAUUCAGUACCUUAUAAUUAAGUAAAGCAAUUGUAAUGUUAGCUUGCCUCACAUUUCAAAGUAAGAUAGGAUGCAACAUUAUUUUGACCUAGUAAAACAGAGUUUAAUUGUUGCUGUUUAUAUAGUUGAUUUAAUAGCUUUUACAAACAUUUUGAAUGUAUCAUUUACUAUAGUCCCACCACUCUAAAACCAAGGUUUGGGUGGAGUCAAGCUCGUGAUUUCCCUCUACCCUGGUUGGUGAACAAUUGCCUGAAACCAUUAGGCUUUGUUGCCCCCCCCCCCCCUCCCUUUUUUUUUUUUAAGUGUCUUGAAACCUCCCUCUUGAAGGAAUUCAGGUCAUAGGAAGGUGGAAAUACAGAAGCAGGCUGGAAGUUCUGGAGUUUACCAGAGAAAGGGAUGAAUGACUGAGAAUACUGGUAUCUCUUGCAUUAGAGAGGUGGACUGAAUAGGGGUGAGAGAAAGAAAAAAGUCUUGUGCAGCAAGGCUGUAGGAGGUGGGGAGGCAUGCAGUUAGCAAGAUCAGAAGAGCAGUUAGCAUGAAAAUAGCAGUAGAAGAUAACAAGAGAUACAACAUUGCAGCAAUGAGAAAGAGGCUGAAGACAGUCAGUUAGAGGAGAGGAGUUGAUGAGGCAAAAAGCUUUUGAUUCCACCCUGUCUAGAAGAGUGGUAUGAUUGGAACCUUCCAUACAUGAGAAGCAUAUUCCAUACAUGGACAGAUAAGGCCCUUGUACAGAGUUAGCAGCUGGGGGGAUGAGAAAAAUUGGUGGAGACGUCUCAGAAUGCCUAACUUCAUAGAAACUGUUUUAGCUAGAGCUGAGAUGUGAAGUUUUCAGUUUACAUUAUAAGUAAAGGACAGAACAAGGAUGUUCAGCAUAGGAGAGGGGGACAGUUGUCUAGAAGGUUGUGUCAAGUUGACAGAUGGAGGAAUUAAGUUUUUGAGGCAUUGAACAAUACCAAGUUUGCUCUGCUCCAGUCAGAAAUUUUAGAAAGAUCAGAAGUUAGGCAUUCUGUGUGAACUGCUUACUUCCUGAAGGGAAGUAUGGUCCUCAGUAGUAUCUCUCUCUCUCUCUCUCUCUCUCUCUCUCUCUCUCUCUCUCUCUCUCUCUCUCUCUCUCUCUCUCUCUCUCUCUCUCUCUCUCUCUCUCUCUCUCUCUCUCUCUCUCUCUCUCUCUCUCUCUCUCUUGUAUUAAACUUUUAACCUUAUUUCCACACCAUGGCAAGUGAGCAGCUUAAGCAGCCGACCCAUCCCAGGUCACACAGGUGACAUGUGACUCGUGAGGCCUCCGUGUGUAGGCCUAAGUGUUGCCACUCACCAGGGUUUUAACAGAUUUAUUUUUAUAAUGAAAAAAGCACGCAAUCUACUGAUAUUCCUUCCAGUUAUAUUAUAAAUAUAAUUGUUUCACUACUUACCCAUCUUAGAACUACAGAGGAAAUCUACAAGAGUGAUGCCAUUUCUUCAGUAUGCCACAUUUCUUUGUUGUUCUAUAAGUACUUUAUGCAUUUUAAGUUUGUUUUUCUUUGAUAUACUAGAAUAUUUAAUUUAGAUUGCAGUGGUAGUAUAUAUUUACCUAUCUGUGAUUUCUUUUACAAUAUAUCAUAGCAAUUACACAUCGCUGAUUUAGGAAGUUUGGACACCGCAAGCAGGGGAAUCCCUACCCUGACCCCACCCAAAUGAUGAUUUUAGAGUGGUAGGACUAUAAGUAUUUUGCUGUUUUAUUAGAUACUGUUAGUAGUAGUUUUAUUAGUCUUAUUCAACUUGACUUUUUUCCUACAUAUACUAUUUGAGAAGCAGAUGAAAAUAAGGAUACAAUUGAACCAUGAUUUACAGAUGCUUGAAUUAACAAAUUUUUAAGUAAAAAAAAAAAAAAAAAAAGACCCUUGAGAUAUAUGCAUUAGGAUUUUGGUGUACACAAAUAACUUUUUUUUUUUUUUAUACAUUGAAAGCACAUGAAAUGGAAAAAAAUUCAAAACCUAUAGUUCAUAUAAUUAUCUUCUAAUAUUUCAUUUCAAAAGCUUUUUUUUAGUUGCUGCUAGCAGGUUGACAAUGAACCCACCUAUCAACUAUGAAACACAUUAACAUAAGAACUCAAAAAAUAAGGAAAGCUACAAGAAGCCAUCAGGCCUACACAUGACAGUCUCUGUAUGAACCAUAUCUGUUUCCACCUCUCAUCCCCAUCCAUAAAUUUGUCUGAUCUUUUAAAGCUCCCAAAUGACGCUGCUCAAAGCUCAUAGAGCUAACUAUAACUCCUAAAUCAUUUUCAUUUCCUGAACGUACGAGAGCUUUUUUGUUUAUUGUGCAUCUGCUGCAUUUGCCAUCUCUCUGUCCUUUCUUUAAUUCUAAGUCUACCUGCAAAGCCAUGGCAUCCAAAUCUGUCCCAAAUUAAUCCUCCUAUCUUCAUGUUGUCUGCAAAAUUUACUAGCAUCACUACUAAUCCCACUAUCCAAGUCAUUAAUAUAUAUAUUAAAACAACAAUGGUCCUAAAACUGCUCCCUGUGGCACCCCACUAUUUAGUUGACCCUACUCGGAUUUAGAGCCAUUUAUUACAGCUCUGUCAAUUGUCACUUAACCAUGACUUUUAUCCCACAAGAAUACAAAAGUCCAUAGCCUUUUAUCCCACAAGAGUACAAAAGUACAACAAAAAUAAAUCAAGACAAAUUUAAUUAUA